UCUAUGUCUUUUCACCUUAGCAACACUAAAGAUACUCCUAUCUGUGGAAGACAACCAAAUACAUUUGGAACCCUUUUUUAUUUUUAUUUUUUUAAAAUGAAAGAGGUCCCACAUGUAGGGCUUAUAGGAGUAGGGACCCAAUCCCAAAUCUCCCCUUAAUUCCUCUUAUAUUCUUAUAUUUAUACCCCAAACUUUGGUCCAAUAAUCUCAACAUCUUCUUCAUUCUUUCCCUUUCUUUUUCUCCUAUCCAUAUCUUGUUGAACUAGUAUAGGAUUGGCAUCAAUGGCGGAUUGUGGUGUCUCUAGUUCUAAAAGGAUGUGGUGUUCCAUACCCGAGAAGUUCCAACUGCAUGGCGCUAUGCUGGCGUUGCAGUUUGGUUAUGCCGGGUUUCAUGUUGUCUCUAGAGCUGCCCUUAACAUGGGAGUCAGUAAACUUGUCUUCCCUGUUUACAGAAAUAUCAUCGCUUUACUUCUCCUUCUUCCCUUUGCCUAUUUUCUUGAAAAGUCCAAGAGGCCAGCUAUGACUAUGUCCUUCAUGGUUCAGUUCUUUUUUCUGGCACUUGUUGGGAUAACAGCAAACCAAGGAUUCUAUCUACUGGGUUUGGACCAUACGUCUCCCACUUUUGCAUCUGCUGUUCAGAAUUCAGUCCCAGCUCUCACCUUUCUCAUGGCUGCACUUCUCAGGAUAGAGAAAGUAAGACUAGACAGAAAGGAUGGUAUAGCGAAGGUGGUUGGAACAGCAUGCUGUGUAGCAGGGGCCACAAUAAUAACAUUAUACCAAGGCCCUGUCAUAUAUUCUCCGGCCAAAGAACUACAUGACAGCACCCCAAUGCUACUUUCAUUAGGAGAUGCUUCUGGAAAGAACUGGACUUUGGGCUGCAUCUUCUUAAUCGGACACUGUUUAUCAUGGUCUGGUUGGCUAGUUUUGCAGGCACCUGUUCUUAAGAAAUACCCAGCAAGACUUUCAGUCACCUCCUACACUUGCUUUUUUGGGUUGAUACAAUUUGUGAUUAUUGCUGCAAUUUUUGAGAGGGAUUUUGAGGCUUGGAAGUUCCAUUCAGGUGUUGAAUUGUUCACCAUUAUGUAUGCGGGAGUGGUAGCAUCAGGGAUUGCUUUCGCUGUACAGAUAUGGUGCAUUGAUAGGGGUGGCCCGGUGUUCGUAGCUGUUUAUCAACCUGUUCAAACUUUGGUUGUCGCUAUUAUGGCUUCCAUUGCUUUGGGAGAACAAUUCUACUUGGGAGGGAUACUUGGAGCAGUACUGAUCAUAGCAGGACUAUAUCAAGUUCUAUGGGGGAAGAGUGAGGAAGCGAAAUUUGCCAAGGCGGCAUUGCCGUCUACUGCAGAGCAAGGAAACAACAGAACAUCAAAGUCCCUUACUCAACCACUCCUUCCUCCAUCAUCCGAAAAUGUUUAAACGACAAACCGAUCAAAGUCCCUUAGUCGAUCAAUGACCUCUUGACCCAUCAUCAAGGAAAAGGUUUAAGGACGAUUUCGUUUGACAAACAAGCAAACUACUACUAUUACUACUGCGUCAAGCAAGUUUGUUUUUUUUGGUGUGUUAAGUGGUUUUUCAUUCAGUUAGUGUCCUCUCAAUAGGAGAUGGGCUAAAGGGAGUAAAAAGGAAUAGGUAUUAGGGAAGAAGGUGAAGAUUUUUACUAUGUUUUACGGUGUGUACCCAUGUCUUAAGGGGGGCUAAAACCCCAUCCACUCCAAGCCUUACAUCUUAAAUUAAUGUUUUGAUUUACAAGGAAAGAAAAUGCAAUUUCAUCUAUGAACUUAUGUCCAA